AUGAGCUCAUUCCAACUUCUUAUCCAACAGCUUGAACACAGUCCUGAUGCAAUAACAAGUAACUCUCUCAGUUCUCUUUUCCAUUUUAUCACCAUUGGAACCAUACUUAAGAAUGACAUUAUCCUUGCAGAACCAUCCUUAGCACCAAUUGAUGACCCUCUGAGUGUUCUCCCACUUGCAAUUGCUAGGUUUCUUGGUGCAGGGUGUGCUAUAUCCCCUGCUCAAGGACAUCAUCUGGACUGGUAUGUACUACAUCAAUAUUUGUUCCUUCUAUUACUCAUUUCUAAUGAACUUGUACCUGAAGCUGAGCAUCUCCUCUACCCCCUGAGCAGCUACUGCCUUCAACUGAAUUGCUCAUGCUGUGCCAAAGGGAUGAUGCUUAACAAGGCAAAGCAGCACUAUGUUGUCCUCUUUACUCUCACUAGUGGCCCCUACACUACAAAAUCAGUUCACCUUUACUGUGAAUCAUGCAAGAUUGAUUAUCACUACAAUUACAGUGUAUUUGAAGGGGAGCAAACGUACUACAAGGACCAACCUGUGAACAUACAAGUCACUGAACAUGUCUACAUGGUAAAGGAGGUCAUUGAGCUCUUUAAGACUGUGAUAGACCUUGCAUGGGCAUUGGCUACUAACUGUGCCUGGCUCUAUAAUCUUUGUCUUUCAUAUGGAGUGAAGUUCAAGCUCUAUGUAGACUAUGUAUGGGACAGCUAUGUCAUCUCUUCACUUCUUGAAGACUGCAAAAAUUGA